AUUCUUUCUUAAAUGCUUAAUAAAUAACUAAAUUUCCUUCAGAAUUCAUAUGCUGAUUUUCUCUCUCUGAUCUCUUUGCAGGAGUUAAGGGUUUGGAGAAUAGCCCACUUCCGGUGAGGGCAGCUUCACCAUCGAGUCAGAUAUGCCAAGAUCAAGGUCAGAUCCGGCUAGGGGAUCGGAAAUGCCGAACCGGCAAACGCCCAAAGGACCAACUCCUCGGUCGUCUAGGACGUCUAGCUCGGAUUCUGAUCCGUCGCAUCUUAGACCCAUCAACAGGAACCCAAGAUCAGUCGAACGCCGUUCCCCGGCAAAGUCCGAACCUUUAACCCAGAAGAAACUUGGAACUCGAAUCGCAGACCUGGAAUCUCAACUGGGAGCAGCACAAACAGAGCUUAGGAUUCUAAAAGACCAGCUCGCCUCUACUGAAGAAGCCAAAAGACUCGCUGAAGAGCAAGACAACACAUCUGGAGACAAGCAAGAAAGUCAGCCGGAGACGGAUGUUUUCGAAGUCCUGGUUGAGACUUAUGAUACUAAAAAACCGGUUAGGUUCGAUGAUGAAUUAGCCUUGAAGAACGAGGAGAUAAGUUUACUGAAAUCCAUAAUAGAGGAGAAAGACAGGGAAUUGGAGAUUACUCGUAAUGGAAACAAUGCAAUGAUUGAGAAGGCAGAUGAACUACAUUCAUUGAUGGCGACAUACAGAAGCAAAGAAGUAGUGGCAGGACUGAAGUUGGGGGAGGUGGAGAAAGAACUAGAGGAGUGCAAAGAAAAUGAGAAUAGGAUUAAGGAGAAGAUAGAAGCCAUGGAAGCAUCUAAAGUGACUAUGGAAGCUGAGAUGAAGAAGAUGCGAGUACAAACAGAUCAGUGGAGGAAGGCGGCAGAUGCGGCGGCGGCCAUGCUAUCGGAAGUAGUGAUGGAGAAAAAUGGGAGGAAGAUAAUAACAACUGGGAAAUUUGGUUCCAUGGAAGGGAAGUACAGAGGAGGAGGAGGCAUGUAUGAUGCUGAUGAUGAAGAUGAAGAUGAUGAUGAUCUUGAAAUGGAUGGUAAGAGGAAAGGCUGGAUGUUUGGAGAUCUGUGGAGAAAGAAAGGCCAGAAAUGAAACAAAUCCACCACGACCACCACCCUUCUUUUCUCUUCAAGUUAGUUGCUUUUGUUUGUUUGUUUUUUUUAUCUGUUCUUAGUUCGAAAACUUGGAUAUUUUGUGGGUUGGAUUUGGUUGUUUAUUUAAUUAGUUUGGUUAAUUAAGACUUUUUUUGGGUUCAAAUGGAUGAUUGCAAAUUUGAUUAGUUUUUUAUUGCAUUGUGCUUACUCUUAAGUCAA